AUCCAGCUCUUCGUCCACUCCGAUCACUCAACAUUAUUUUAUCCCCACUUUCGAAGUUUCGAUUCGUUGGGCCUGAUUAAGCCGAUCGCACUGUUCACCAUAUUCCUCACCUCAAUUAAAUUAGAUUGAAGUCUUCCUGCCCAUCCAAGGAUGGCGAACAAUCCAGAGAAGCCUCAGCUGGUGAUCGAUGACCCUUGGCUAGAACCAUUCACCCAGACCAUCGAGGCUCGGAUUCAAAAGUUUAAGGAAUGGCAGGCCAAGAUAGACGAGACCGAAGGAGGAUUAGAUCCGUUCUCGAAAGGAUAUGAGAAAUUCGGAUUGAUUGCCCAAGCGGAUCGAUCGAUCUUAUAUCGCGAAUGGGCUCCAGGCGCUCAAAAUGCCAGUCUGAUCGGCGACUUCAAUAAUUGGGACCGGGAGGCUAACCCGAUGAAAAAGGAUCAGUUUGGGGUUUGGGAAUGUCGGGUACCACCCAAAGGCUCCCAACCCGGUAUUGCUCAUGGAAGUAAAGUCAAGAUCUCUAUGAUUGCUCAGAGUGGGGAACGUAUCGAAAGGCUUCCGGCUUGGAUCAGACGAGUGACCCAGGACCUGUCAGUCUCUCCAGUUUAUGAUGCAAUCUAUUGGGAUCCACCACAGAAGUAUCAGUGGAAAAACAAGAGUCCGCCGCCCUUGGAUGCUGUCAAAGUCUAUGAAGCACAUGUGGGUAUCUCCACUUCUGAAGGCCGGGUGGGAACAUACAAAGAGUUCACUGCCAACGUUCUUCCCCGGAUAAAAGCUUUGGGAUAUAACGUAGUCCAAAUGAUGGCUGUCAUGGAACACGCUUAUUAUGCCAGCUUUGGUUAUCAGAUCACCAAUUUCUUCUGUGCCAGUAGUCGCUACGGAACUCCGGAGGAGCUUAUGGAAUUAGUCGAUGUCGCCCAUGGAAUGGGCUUGACUGUAUUACUCGAUGUCGUCCAUUCACAUGCCUGCAAAAAUGUCUUGGACGGCAUCAACAUGUUUGACGGAACCGAUCACUGCUAUUUUCAUGAGGGUCCCAAGGGGAAGCAUGAGCUAUGGGAUAGCCGUUUGUUUAAUUACGGUCAUCAUGAGGUGCUACGAUUCUUACUCUCCAACCUUAGGUUCUUCAUGGAGCAGUUCAAAUUUGAUGGGUUCAGAUUUGAUGGUGUAACUAGCAUGUUAUACAAUCAUCACGGAAUUGGAACCGGGUUCUCAGGUGGAUAUCAUGAAUACUUCGGGCCUGGUGUUGAUGAAGAGGGAGUUACCUAUCUGAUGCUGGCGAAUCAGCUAGUUCAUAAAAUUAAUCCUCAUGCGAUCUGUAUUGCUGAGGAUGUUUCUGGGAUGCCUGGACUCUGUCGACCGACAAUCGAAGGGGGGCUUGGCUUUGACUAUCGCCUAUCGAUGGCAGUACCUGAUAUGUGGAUCAAACUACUGAAAGAAAAGACUGACGAGGAUUGGGAUUUGGGAUCGAUUUGCUUCACAUUGACCAACCGAAGGUACCGAGAAAAAUCAAUCUGCUACUGUGAAAGCCACGACCAAGCCCUCGUCGGGGACAAAACUUUGGCCUUCUGGUUGAUGGACAAGGAAAUGUAUACAAACAUGAGCGAUUUAACCCCAUUCACACCGGUAAUCGAUCGGGGCCUGGCUUUGCACAAGAUGAUCAGACUUAUAACCCAUGCCCUUGGCGGUGAGGGAUAUUUGAAUUUUGAAGGUAAUGAGUUCGGGCAUCCUGAGUGGUUAGAUUUUCCUCGCGAGGGGAACGGAAAUUCUUUCCAUUACGCACGACGGCAAUGGAACGUGGUCGAUGAUCCGUUGUUACGGUAUAAAUAUCUCAAUAACUUCGAUGCGGCCAUGAAUAACUUGGAGUCCCAGCACAAAUGGCUCUCCAGCUCGCAUACCUUUGUUUCUCUCAAGCACGAAUCUGACAGAGUGGUUGCAUUCGAACGAGGGAAAUUGUUAUUCAUUUUUAACUUCCAUCCGACUCAAUCCUACACAGAUUAUCGGAUUGGGGUUGAAUGGGAAGGGAAAUACCAGGUGGUGCUCUCCAGCGAUGAAAAGCAACGCUUUGGAGGACACGAUCGUGUGGAUCUUCAGUCUGAAUAUUUCACAACUAAGAUGGAAUGGAACAACCGGAAGAACUACGUCCAGGUUUAUUUGCCUAGCCGAAUGGUCUUGGUCCUUGGAUUAAAGGCCUGAAACCGAUCGUCCAUAUUCACUCUUAUACAAACAACACAUAUAUAUAUGUAUUCCAUAGUCGCCAGGGACUCAGCUUGUAGUCAAUAACAUCAACAUACAAGUUGCUAUGAUAUCAUUAUUUCUAAAGUUUAAAAAAAAUCCUCAGUGAUAUGAACAGUUGAUAUCUUUCUCUUCAUUUUCUGACGUCUGCAUGUAAAACCCGAAAACCAACCAACCAACAAAACAAAGUGUAUACUGAAUCUGGUCAAAGAAAAAAAAACGGGUUUGGUGAAUGCCGGUGGUGGUUCUGUAAAGAUAGCUUAACAUGGUUGUAGCCUCUCAUUCUUUUCCUUUUCUUUUCUAAAUUUUCUUCUUUGCGUACAGAUAAAAUAUUUCUUGAGAGACAAAAGUCAG